AUGUUCAAUCGGAACAAAAAAACCAAGGCUGAUGCCAAUAAUGACCUUUCUGCCAAUUCGAAUUCCAGGACACAGGACUUGGUCCCUAUCGCCGAUCUCCAAAAGACAAGAUGGGAACGACUUUGGCCAGCCAUGGCCUGUGGUUCGGGACUGUUCUCUGAUGGAUACAUCAAUAAUGUAAUCGGAUCAGUCUCUACCAUGCUCGGAAAAAUUUACGGAACAGUAUACACAGGAUCUGCCGCCGUUAAAAACAUCUCGGCCAUUACGUUUGCCGGUACCGUUGCUGGUAUGAUUAUAUUUGGUUACACCAGUGAUAAAUGGGGCAGAGCAAACACACUUACGCUGUCUACUGUCAUUCUCAUCGUCUUUGCUGCUCUUGGCGCUGGCGCAUAUGGAUAUCAAGGAACCACACAAGGUCUAUUCGCAGCACUUGCUGCAUAUCGUUUCCUGGUUGGAGUAGGGAUUGGAGGAGAAUAUCCUGCUGGAUCCGUUGCUUGUUCCGAAGCUUCUGGAGAAUUGAAAGCUGGUACUCGAAAUAGAUGGUUCAUCAUUUUCACAAACGUCAUGAUUGAUUUCGGUUUUGUGGUUGGCGCGUUUAUUCCAUAUUUGUUGGUUGUCAUUUGCACAGAAGAUCACUUGCGAGCUGCCUGGAGAAUUGCACUUGGUCUUGGUGUAGUCCCUCCGUUGCUCUUAAUAUAUCUCCGACUCAAGUUGAAGGAACCAGAGGAAUUCCAAAGGGAGAGCAUGAAGCAUGUCUCGAUUCCUUAUGGGCUUGUUAUAAAACACUACUGGUUUAGAUUAUUCGUAGUUUCCUUGAUUUGGUUCAUAUACGAUUUCUCAACCUAUUCAUUUGGCAUCUACUCCUCCAAAAUUCUUAGUAACAUUUACGGAGACUCGGCGCCACUAUCUCAAUCAUUCGGCUGGAAUACCGUUAUCAAUCUCUUCUAUAUCCCUGGAGCGGUUGGAGGUUCCUUCUUUUCCGACUGGGUCGGUCCUCGCUAUGCUUUGGCCAUAGGUGUCUCAUUACAGGGUAUUGUCGGAUUCAUCAUGUCUGGCUUAUACCCAACAUUAUCUCAAGUCAAAAAUGUCCCAGCUUUCGUCGUCGUAUACGGAAUUUUCCUUUCCCUGGGCGAACUUGGACCCGGCGACAAUAUCGGCCUCAUCGCAUCUAAAACAUCCGCAACCGGCGUGAGAGGUCAAUACUACGCUGUUGCUGCCGCAAUUGGUAAAAUCGGUGCCUUUGUGGGUACAUAUGUUUUCCCAUAUAUUGAGGCAGCAGGUGGCAAGGGAUCUGCUUCGGCACAGUAUCCAUUUUACGUCUCGAGUAGUUUGUGCAUAUUAAGUGCUUUCUUGGCACUAUUUUGUCUACCGCAUAUUGGUCAGGAUACUAUCACGUCGGAAGAUCUGAAGUUCAGAGAGUAUUUGGAGAGUAAGGGAUGGGAUACUAAUCAAUUGGGGUUGAGAAAGGGAGAGAAUUUGGAGGAUGCUACGAAUAGACGUACAGAGGCUGUAGGGGAAAAGCAAGAGGAAACGGCUUCUUCUUAA